CCUAAUUGUUGUGAUAAACUUAUUAAAUAGAUAAUGGACGGUGUCAAAGAUUCCCCAAUAAUUGCAUUUCAUUCGCCAUGGUUCUUCGGUGAACUCUUAGAAGCCGUGAAAAACGCGCCAACAUAUCACGUGAUACUUGAAGUUCUGCUAGUUGCACUUGUUCUUAGACUCUGGUUCUACAGUAGCUAUAAAAUUGAACGCGAGGAGCUGACGGAAGAAGAACAAGAACAGUUGAUCAGAGAGUGGAAACCAGAGCCUUUAGUUCCUCUCAAUGAAGACCUGCAAAACAGUUUCUCAGUUCAAUCAUCAUUUGGAGAUUCUGUAUCAGAGACAGAUGCAAACUGGACUGAUGUAAAUGCAAAUGUGAUUUGUGGCCCUGUAGGGAAGCAUGUCGACAUAAAUGGGAAAAAUUGUUUGGACCUGGCAACAUUCGACUUCCUCGGAAUCAUAGGUUGCAAGCGUAUUGAGGAGGCAUCAGUGACUGCUCUGAAGAAAUAUGGCGUGGGUUCAUGUGGCCCGAGAGGUUUCUACGGAAGCAUAGAUGCACAUAUAAGUUUGGAAAAGGAACGAGAAUUGGCACAUUUCAUGGGUGUUGAAGAGGCUAUUUUGUAUUCAUAUGGAUUUGCGACCGUCGCAUCGGCAAUCGCUGCGUAUGCUAAGAAAGGAGAUAUUUUGUAUGUGGAUGAAGCUAUCAACUUUUCGGUACAGCAAGGUAUUCGUGCAUCGCGAUCUAAAGUGAAGUGGUUUAAGCACAACGACAUGGGCGAUCUAGAGCGACUGUUGAAAGAACAAGCAGCGGAAGACAAACGAGAUCCGAAGAAAGCGAAAGUGACCCGUUCAUUCAUGAUUGUGGAGGGACUGUAUUUGAAUCAAGGCACGAUUUGCCCUCUGCCCAAGCUCAUUGAUCUGAAGUAUGCGUAUAAAGUGCGCCUGUUUAUCGAUGAAACCUAUUCGUUUGCGACAUUGGGAGCUACAGGAAAAGGAGUGACCGAGCACUUCAAUUGUGACGUCACCGAUGUAGACUGGAUCUGUGGCUCUCUGGAGAACUCAGUCGGUUCUGGUGGUGGCUUCUGCUGUGGAUCCUCUUACGUCAUCGAUCACCAGAGACUCUCAGGCAGUGGCUACUGCUUCUCAGCUUCAGCCCCACCCUUGCUAUCGGUUGCGGCAAUUGAGGCGUUGAAUAUCAUCAAGGAGGAGCCAGAUCGACUUCAGAAGCUACAGGAGAACUCAAGAGUGUUGAAUGCUGCCCUGAUGGCCAUCGAUAAGAUCACAUGUCCCAGUGAGGCGAACUCUCCUAUUCAACACGUGGUCCUUCAAGACCCAUCACUCAGCUACGAAGACUGCAAAUCAUUCCUCAUUCGACUGAGGGACAAAAUGAUAGAUCAAGGGUACCUGACGACUGUGGCAGCUCACUUGAACCAAUUCGAAGUGUUCAGACAAAGACCAUCUGUAAGACUGUGUGUGAAAUCGACAUGUGAAGAAAACGAGAUUGAAUCGUUCGCGAACUUGUUCAAACUUACACUCAAUCAGUUCAUGCAAUCGUGAAAAUGGGAAAGAAACCAAGUAAAAACGCGGAAGUUUGACCGCUUAUAAAAUGAGCAAAUUAUCUUUGUAAUUGUUUAAAUUUUUGCUUUUUGAACUAAAUGUAAUUCUAAUUUUGACCAUUUCGAAUGCCGAGAAGAAAACCUUAAUGUCAAUUUUUUGUUGAA